AUGUGAGGGGUCAUAAUGCUGGAUAAAUACAGUGACCAAUCAGACAGGCAGCUGUUGUGGUCUGUGCCAGAUCUUUCCUUCUUCCCCUUCUGCUUCUCUCUCCCUCGCUUAAGGGGUCGCUCCGUUUUGUCUGUGCUUCUUUCAGCAAGUAAGAUGCCUCACGCAUAUCCGUUCCUGAGCCCCGAUCAGAAGAAAGAGCUGAGCGAUAUUGCUCAGAGGAUCGUCGCUCCAGGAAAGGGAAUUCUUGCAGCUGAUGAGUCCACAGGCAGUGUAGCAAAGCGCUUCCAGAGCAUCAAUGCUGAGAACACCGAGGAGAACAGAAGGCUAUACCGUCAGCUGCUUUUCACCGCCGACGACCGCAUCCUGCCCUGCAUUGGUGGAGUCAUCCUUUUCCAUGAGACGCUCUAUCAGAAGACAGAUGACGGCAAGCUUUUCUCUCAGCUGAUUAAGGAGAGAGGCAUGGUGGUCGGAAUCAAGGUGGACAAGGGUGUUGUACCUCUGGCCGGCACCAACGGAGAGACGACCACACAGGGUCUGGACGGGCUGUACGAGCGCUGCGCUCAGUAUAAAAAAGACGGCGCUGACUUUGCUAAAUGGCGCUGCGUGUUGAAGAUCAGCCCCACUACUCCAUCCCAUCUUGCUAUUAUUGAGAAUGCCAAUGUGCUCGCCCGCUAUGCCAGCAUCUGCCAGAUGCAUGGCAUCGUGCCCAUUGUGGAGCCUGAGAUCCUGCCUGAUGGUGACCACGAUCUGAAGAGAUGCCAGUAUGUGACGGAGAAGGUCCUGGCGGCUGUGUACAAGGCUCUGUCAGACCACCACGUGUACCUGGAGGGAACGCUGCUGAAACCCAACAUGGUGACCGCCGGCCACUCCUGCUCCCACAAGUACUCCCCUCAGGAAAUUGCCAUGGCAACCGUCACCGCGCUGCGUCGCACCGUUCCGCCUGCUGUUCCCGGCAUCACCUUUCUGUCCGGAGGCCAGAGCGAAGAGGAGGCCUCGAUCAAUCUGAGCGCCAUUAACCAGUGUCCCCUAAGCAAACCCUGGGCCCUCACCUUCUCUUACGGCCGUGCCCUGCAGGCCUCCGCUCUCAAAGCCUGGGGAGGCAAGAAGGAGAAUGGCAAGGCCUGCCAGGAGGAAUUCGUCAAGAGAGCCAUAAACAACAGUGCAGCAUGUGUCGGUAAAUACGUCUCCAAAGGAGACACCGGAGCAGCGGCGGGAGAGUCUCUGUUCGUGGCCAACCAUGCUUACUAAGGAAACACAACUGAGCACAUUUCCACUGGCUCAUCCGGCUGUUUUCAGUGUGAUGAAUCAUUUCUGUGAGCCACACCCACUGUUACUUCUGUAUUCAUUUUUCCACUGUCAUUUGACAAUGAUGUCAAAGUAAAUAUGUGUCAUCCAGAAAAUCA